AUGUCUUUUCUGUUGGUUGGUUGCAGGAUUCCCCCUGACAUCAAAGAAGAAGUUUUCUGUAAAGCUAUCCAGGAAGGAGGUGAAGAGGAGUGGGAUUACAUGUUUAAUGUUUACGUUAGUGGACAAGGCUCGGAACAGGCCGCGGCUCUCCAAUCGCUGGCUUGUACAAACCGUUUGUGGGUCAUCAGCAGGUACCUGGAAUACAUACUAGAUCCGUCAAAUAUUAGACAACAAGAUGCUUCUCGUGCCUUCGAUACACUUCUUGGAAACACGAUGGCCUUCUACCCGACUUUCGAUUAUCUUCUGGAGAAAUGGGAAUUCCUGGUUAUCGAGUAA